AUGGGCAACCCCACUACCCGCGCUCUUCUGACUCCCUCGCCAUCCCCGCCACUUGACGACCGGCUCGCUAAUCUGGCUAUUGGCAUUAAGGAUGAACAGAACCCCGAUGCCCCAUCGCCCAACUCCAUGCUGGUUGAUACACCCGAGGAACACAUCGUCGAACCAAACGGCGUCGAUAAUGACGAUGUCGCAAUCAUCACCCCGGAUGCUGACGAGAAGGAGGCUCCUGUCCUCGCCAAUGACUUCAAAACCAUGAAAGAUCACGUCCUUCCGGCCCUAAUCGACGAACCCCCAAUCCUUGAGGAUCAGGUUCACACAUGGGAGAUCAAGGGUUGGCGCAGCCUAAACAAGAAGGAGCAUGGCCCCGUCUUCCAGGCCGGUGGCUUCCCAUGGCGGAUCCUUCUUUUCCCAUAUGGCAACAAUGUUGAUCAAUGUUCGAUAUACCUGGAACACGGAUUCGAAGCCGACGAGAUGCCCGAGAAAUGGAGCUGCUGCGUCCAGUUUGCGCUAGUGCUAUGGAAUCCCAACGACCCGUCCGUCUUUCACCACCAUUCCGCCCAUCACCGCUUCACUAAGGAGGAGAGCGAUUGGGGGUUUACACGGUUUUUGGAACUCCGGAGGCUGUUCAACCAGCCUUAUGACGGUUCAACCCGUCCUCUGGGCGAAAACGACAGCGUCAACAUCAGCGCCUACGUCAGGAUUGUCGAGGAUGAAACAGGAGUUUUGUGGCACAACUUCAACAACUACGAUUCGAAGCAGGAGACAGGCUAUGUUGGCCUUAAAAACCAGGGCGCCACUUGCUAUUUGAACUCGCUCUUACAGUCGCUCUAUUUCACGAAUGCUUUCCGCAAGAUUAUCUACCAGAUCCCUACCGAGCAAGACGAGAGCAUGAUGAACAGCGCCUAUACUCUACAACGACUCUUUUAUCAGUUGCAAACAUCAAAUAGCGCCGUGGCUACCAGUGAGCUUACCAAGUCUUUUGGAUGGGAAACUCGUCAUAUUUUCGAACAGCAAGACGUCCAGGAACUCUCGCGGAAACUGAUGGAACGCAUGGAGGAGAAGAUGAAGGGCACACCGCACGAGAAAGCCCUGGCACAGAUGUUCAGCGGUAAGAUCAAAACAUUCAUCUCCUGCAUCAACGUUCCGUACGAAUCCAGCCGAGUUGAGGAUUUCUGGGACGUCCAACUCAACGUCAGCGGCAACAAGAAUCUGCUGGAGAGUUUCCAGGACUACAUUCAGGUGGAGAAAUUGGAUGGCGAAAACCAAUACUAUGCUGGCGACGAGUACAAGCUCCAGGAUGCCAACAAGGGCGUCAUUUUCCAGAGCUUUCCCGAUGUCCUGCAUCUGCAGCUGAAACGCUUCGAAUACGACAUCCAGCGCGACACCAUGAUGAAGAUCAAUGCUCGCUACGAGUUUCCCGAGGAGUUCGAUGCCGCCCCCUUCCUCGAGAAAGACGCCGACCGAUCGGAACCUUGGGAAUACGAGCUUCAUGGUGUGCUGGUGCACAGCGGAGACCUUAACACCGGCCACUAUUACGCUUUCUUGAAGCCCGCCAAGGACGGAAAUUGGUACAAGUACGAUGAUGAUAAAGUCACCAAGGCCAGGAAGCUUGAGGUCUUGGAAGACAACUUUGGCGGUCCUUUCCGGCUGCCCAAUGGACAAAUUAGGACUUUGCCGCAAAAGAAGACGCCAAUCAUGCGGCCCAACAGCGCCUACAUGCUCGUGUAUAUCCGCAAGUCCCGCGUCGAUCAAAUCCUUACCCCGGUUACCGAGGAGGACACGCCUCCACAUCUCCGCAACAGGUUCGCAGAGGAGCUGGCUGCUCGCGAAGCUCGACGCAAAGAGAGGGAGGAACAGCACCUUUACAUUGGGGUAAAGGCCGUCACCGAGGCGACGUUCCAGCAACACGGCGGUACCGAUCUGACCUCCUUCGACGCGACUCCUGACCAAGAUCCCGGGGCACCAAUUUAUUACCGUGUUCUUCGCCAGGAUACCUUGGAGCAGUUGGUUGCCAAAAUUGCAGUCGACCUCGGACAAGAUCCUAGACGUGUUCGUUUGUGGAUAAUGGUCAAUCGUCAAAACAAGACGGUUCGCCCGGAUGCUCCGAUUAUGGAUCUUCAGCUUACAGUGGAGGAAACUUAUUCCAAGGCUACUGCGCAGAGGGAUGAGUCCUUGCGCGUGUGGGCUGAAGUGGCUGAGGAGGUCAACGCGGACGGCGAACCCAUCUGGCCAUCGUACCAGGCGCAAGCUAACGGCGCUAUUGUCAAGGACAACAUCUUGUUGUUUUUGAAAUCGUUCGACGUGGAGAGCCAGACGUUGAGGGGAGUCGGGCAUGUCUACAUGAGUGGGGAGAAGAUUCAACUCUUUGAGGAGAUCAAGCCAACCAUGGUAGAGGGACUGCGGGGCAAGGAAACCCUCAAGGCCGAGGAGUUGCAGGACGGAGACAUAAUAUGUUUCCAACGAACCCAUGUGCACAAGUCAAGACUUGGUCUUGGCGAGAGCAAGCCUUCUGAAGACGCCAAAUCCUCGGACAAGAUCACGGAUGCCAGGGAAUAUUACGAUUUCUUGUUCCAUCGGAAGGUCGUUAGGUUUUGCCCCCACCCCCAAAAGGCUGAUGUCCAGCAGUACCCUCAGUUUGAGCUUGUCUUGAGUUCCAAGAUGAGCUAUGACAAAAUGUCGGAGAAGGUCGGAGAGCACAUAGGUGUUGAUCCUACUCAUAUCCGAUUCUAUACCAUCAACGGCGCCAAUGGUAAUCCCAGGACGGCUGUGAAGAGGUUAUCCAACCAAACGGUAGAGAGGAUCCUUACCCCGCCGGGAUACGGGCAGAUGAAUCUCAAUCAACUGUCAGACGCACUUUACUAUGAAGUCCUUGACAUUAGUCUUGCUGAGCUAGACACCAAGAAGAGCAUCAAGGUCACUUGGCUCAGUGAGGGCAUCACAAAAGAGGAUCAAUACGAUCUUCUUGUAACCAAGAGUGGUGUGGUUGAGGACCUCAUCGAGGCGUUGGUCAAGAAGGCCAAGAUUCCCAGUGAAGAGGAGGCCGGCCAAAUCCGAGUAUUCGAGGUCAGCAACAACAAGUGGUACAGGGAUCUCGACAGGACUUACCCUGUCAUCUCGAUUAACGAAUACACCACCGUUGUGGCCGAACGGAAACCCGAGGAAGAGAUUGGUGUUACUGAUCCUAACCAGUACAUAACUGUCUUCCACUUCCAAAAUGAACCAAGCAGGGCUCACGGAAUGUCGUUCAGAUUCUUGAUCAAAGAGGGCGAGCGGUUUUCGGAGACUAAGAAGCGGCUUGAAAAGAGAUUGGGAAUCAAGGGCAAGAGCUUCGAGAAGAUCAAGUUCGCUGUGGUCAGACGGGCACAGUUCUCAAGACCAAUCUAUCUCCAAGACGAUGACGUCCUGUACGAUACGGCCGAGCGAGAAGACUACCUUGGCUUGGAUCAUGUUGAUCGGUCAAGGUCUGCGCGAAAUGGCGGUGGUGACUUGUUCCUUAAGGGAUAA